AUGGGAUGGGCGGGGGGUGGGGACCGGGGGCAGCUGGGGCGUGGAUCCGUGCCCCUCCUCCCCGUGCCACUGCCUCCUCUUUCUCCUCCUCCGGGUCGGGGACCUGGGGGAGGGAGGGUCUCCAUCUUCUCUCUGGCCCCUGCACCUCACACAAAAAGCACGCCUUCCUCAGCUCCUCCUUCAGCCCCGGGGCCCCCCUACCCAGCGGUGCAGGCCCCAGGGGCUUCUCAGCCUCGCUAUAGUACCCUCCCCACUCCCGCUACCCCCGCCACGCCCCGGCCCGCGAUGAUGCCCAUCUCUGCUCCCCAUUCCUGGGGUUCCCACCCUGCCCCUGCCCCAUGCCGAUGCCCCCAGGACCCUCCUGGGCUGCGGAGAGGCCCUCUGAUCCCUGAGCAGGAUUCUGAGAGGCUGGAGGACUGUGACCCUGAGGGGUCCCAAGAUUCAGCCCUCCAUGGGGAGGGGCAGCAGCCCCUGCUUCACGUGCCUGAAGGGCUCCGAGGCUCCUGGCACCACGUCCAGAACCUGGACAGCUUCUUCACCAAGAUGUACAGCUACCACCAGAGGAGUGGCUUUGCCUGUAUCCUGCUGGAGGAUGUCUUCCAGCUGGGACGAUUCAUUUUCAUUGUCACCUUCACAACCUUCCUUCUUCGCUGCGUGGAUUACAGCGUUCUCUUUGCCAACCAACCAAAAAACCGAACAAGACCUGGGUCGCUCCACAGCAAAGUGACCUUGUCAGAUGCUAACCUACCCUCAUCCCAGUGUGCCCAGCGGUGAGUGACAGAUCCGCUCCUGCUUGUCUUCCUGCUGAUCCUGGCGGCUGCCGUCUGGCUCUUCCAGCUGCUUCGCUCGGUCUGCAAACUCUUCAGCUACUGGGACAUCCAGGUGUUUUCCAGGGAGGCCCUGCACAUCCCCCCAGAGGAGCUCAGCUCGGUGCCCUGGGCCGAGGUGCAGUCCCGCCUCCUGGCACUGCAGAGGAGCGGAGGGUUGUGCGGGCAGCCGAGGCCGCUGACGGAGCUGGACGCCCACCACCGCAUCCUGCGCUACACCAACUACCAGGUGGCGCUGGCCAACAAGGGCCUGCUGCCGGCCCGUCGCGCCGUGCCCCGGGGAGGCAGGGCGGCCUUCCUCAGCUGCGGCCUGGCGCCCAUCGAUCUGCUCCUCUCCCGCGGGCCCUUCUCGUUCUUCCGCGGCGGCUAGGAGCUGCCCGACGCCUACAAGCGCAGCGACCGGCGGGCCGCCCUGGCCGCGCGCUGGCGGCGCAUGGUGCUGCUGCUGGCGGCCGUGAACCUGGCGCUGAGCCCGCUGGUGCUGGCCUGGCAAGUGCUGCACGCCCUCUACAGCCGCGCUGAGCUGCUGCGGCGUGAGCCCGGCGCGCUGGCGACGCGCCGCUGGUCCCGCCUGGCCCGCCAGCAGCUGCGCCACUUCAACGAGCUGCCGCACGAGCUGCGCGCGCGCCUGGCCCGCGCCUCCCGCCCCGCCGCCGCCUUCCUGCGCGCCCCCGCGCCCGUGCUCGCGCUGCUGGCCCGCCAGCUCGUCUUCUUCGCCGGCGCGCUCUUCGCCGCGCUGCUCGUGCUCACCGUCUACGACAAGGAUGUGCUCUACGUGGAGCACGUGCUCACCGCCAUGACUGCGCUCGGGAUAGUGGCCACGCCCUCUAGGUCUUUCAUUCCGGGCGGGCAGGGCCAAGGUCGUUCGCCGCAAAUCCUGCUGCCGGCGGCCUUGGCGCACACGCACUACCUCCCGGAGGCGACCGGCCCUGCCGGCAGGACCAGCUCUUACCGGCAGAUGGCGCGGCUGCUGCAACACCGAGCGGUCUCCCUCACGGAGGAGCUCCUGUCCCCUGUCCUCGCCCCACUGUUUCUGCUCUUCUGGUUUCGCCCUGGCGCCUUGGAGAUCAUUGACUUUUUUCGUCACUUCGCUGUAGAUGUGGCCGCGGUUGGGGACAUCUGUUCCUUUGCCCUUAUGGAUGUGAAGCGCCAUGGCCACCCUCAGGGCCUGGGUUCCAUUCCUGGUAGGGGAACUGAGAUCCCGCAAGCCACGUGGCACGGCCUAAAAAAAAAAGAGGGACAGACAGAGGCCUCACUGUCUGAGUGGGCUGAGGACGGGAAGACUGAGCUCUCAUUGAUGAGGUUCUCCCUGGUUCAUCCACAACGGUGCCCCCCAAGCCACAGCUCCAAGUUCCUGGGGCACCUUCGAGGCCGGGUGCAACAAGAUGCAGCCGCCUGGGGCGCCAGCUCGGUUCGCAGCCCCCCCAGCCCUGGGAUCCUCAGCAGCUCUUCCUCCCCUCUGUCAGAGGCCUUCCCGGCCAACCUCUCGAUGCAGCCCCUCGUGUCCCCCCAGGACCUGAGCCCCGUAGUCCCCUGCCCAGCUGCAGCCACGGCCAGCCUCCUGGCCUCCAUUUCCCGAAUGACCCAGGACUCAAGCUGUGUGUCCCCAGGAGGCAGUGGGGGCCAGAAGCUGGCCCAGCUCCCAGAGCUUGUGUCUGCUGAUCUCCACGCCAUUUACCUGCACCAGCUCCAUCGGCAGCAGCAGCAGGAACUGUGGGGCGAGGCUUCAGCCUUCUCCCUGUCCAGGCCCUGGGCCAGCCCGCCGCAGACACUCUCGCCGGACGAGGAGAAGCCAUCCUGGUCCAGUGAUGGCUCCAGUCCUGCUUCCAGCCCCAGACAGCAGUGGAGAACCCAGAGGACCCAGAAUCUGUUCCCUGGAGGGUUUCAGGAGCCCACAGACACCCAGAAGGAGGCUGGCCAGGCCACUAGCACUGACUGAGAGGGCUGCUCAUGGCCAGUAUUGUCUAACUGGGGUGGAGGCAGGGCAACGAGUAGGACACUGGGUGGACUCAGACUCAGAGGUAUGGGAGCGGUGAUGGGGAUGGUCAUCUCUGGAACCUAAACCCCUGGACUGCUUGUCAAGUGUUUUUCCUCCCCCAGGUUCCCUGGCUUCUUCUCCAGCCACAGGAGAUCGGACGAGGUAGAGUGGAAAGGCACGCCGAGCCCUCUUUAAAGACCCCCAUGGAUGCUUUAGCUGGGCGGAACUUGGGAGUCAAUUAGGAACUCGCCCCGGAGAAGAGAGAAAGGGUAGGAGAGGAGAUGCCCAAGGCAUCGGGAAACAUGUCUUAGAGACAGUCCUCACACGGAGGGGCUAAGAGACAACUAUCUGUCCUGGAGUGGUCGCCUGGGAAGAAGUACCCAAGUGACCUCACGUUGGAGGGCAGAGCCAAGAUGGAGGCCAAGCUGUACAUAAGGGAGCCAUGAGGGGCUGGACCCGAAAGGCAGUAGGUUCUUUUUUUUUUUUUGCGGUACGUGGGCCUCUCACUGUUGUGGCCUCUCCCGUUGCGGAGCACAGGCUCCGGACGCGCAGGCUCAGCGGCCAUG